AUGCUGCUGCCAACCUUGAUGAUGUGGAUAUUAACAUUAGAAUUCCUGUUCCUUGUGGCGUUGGCAAUCUCCACAGAAGACGCCGCUGGUGGUGCCGGCAGUGCUAGCAGUGGCAAAACAACGUUUCAAACUCAGUUGAUAUUCACACACCGACUGGACCUUGCCGUGGAGGUCUACGAACAAGGGCUUCCAUUCA